CACGGACACCCCCACUUUGCCUCACACUUUCCUCAGACCCACGCCGCCUGCACGCGUGGGCGGGAAGCCAGGCGGCCCCGGGAGAUCUCCGCCGAAAUUCCCGUGUUUGCCAGAGGAGACACCGAAGGGCCGACUCAACCCCCACCUCAUUCCCCUCACCCUGUGCCGGUUCCCUCCCUCCCUGGCGAUCCCACAGCAGCCCCGACCCUCCCGCUCCCCUCACGUCAAGAGGAGGCCACACCGGGGGACGCCUCAGCCUCCGGGCAGCUGAGAAGAAAUUUGCCAGUGCAUUUGGCUCCCUGGAGGGCUUCUCAGCAUGUCUUUAGGUCCUUCAAAUCAGAACUUCAGCCAAAUCCAGCCAGUGAUGGAAUUGUCCAUGCUCCCCUUCAGACUUUCACUGAGGAGGAGACAAUGCUGAAAAACAUGGUGGCAAAAUUUGCUCAGGAACAAGUUGCGCCGUUGGUGCAAAAAAUGGAUGAGAAUUCAAAAAUGGAAGACUCUAUAAUACAGGGACUGUUUGAACAAGGGCUGAUGAGUAUUGAUCUUGGAGAAGAAUAUGGAGGGACUGGAGCUUCGUUUCUUUCUGUCAUAUUGGUGGUAGAAGAAUUGGCUAAAGUUGAUCCAUCUGUAGCUCUUCUAUGUGAACUCCAAAAUACACUAACAAAUAAGUUGUUUUCCACAUAUGGAACAGAAGAACAAAAGAGACUUUACUUGCCCAGGGUGGCUAAAGAUACUGUUGGCAGCUUCUGUCUUACAGAAGCUGGAUCUGGCAGUGAUGCUUUUUCUUUGAAGACUCGGGCUGAAAAGAAAGGAGACUACUAUGUUAUCAAUGGCUCAAAGAUGUGGAUUAGCUUAGCAGAACAUGCAGGAGUUUUCUUUGUGAUGGCAAAUGCAGAUCCAUCCUUAGGGUACAGGGGAAUUACAUGCUUCAUAGUAGAUCGUGACACAGAGGGACUGCAAGUGGGGAAGAAGGAGGACAAGCUUGGAAUCAGAGCAUCUUCUACCUGCCCAGUAACAUUUGAAAAUGUUAAGGUUCCUGAAACCAACAUCCUGGGACAGGUUGGACAAGGCUAUAAGUAUGCAAUUGGGAUGCUAAAUACUGGCAGAAUAGGUAUUGCUGCACAGAUGUUAGGACUGGCACAGGGGUGUUUUGACUACACAAUUCCCUACACAAAGGAGAGAGUCCAGUUUGGGAAAAGUAUAUUCGAUUUCCAGGGGAUGCAGCACCAGAUAGCUCAGGUGGCCACACAGCUGGAGGCAGCGAGGUUGCUGACCUACAAUGCAGCUCGGCUUGCUGAGAUGGGAAGGCCACACAUCAAAGAAGCCAGCAUGGCCAAGUACUAUGCUGCUGAGGUUGCCACACUGACAACAAGUAAAUGUAUUGAAUGGAUGGGUGGUGUUGGAUUCACAAAAAAUUAUCCAAUAGAAAAGUUCUAUCGUGACUGCAAGAUAGGUACAAUAUAUGAAGGAACUUCAAAUAUCCAGCUGAGCACCAUUGCAAAAAGCUUAGCACAGGAGUACUGAAACCAUAAGGACUUUUUUACUGUUAGCAGAAAUGAUUUCACUGAAUAUCCAUUGUGAAUUACAUGUUUAUUUGUAACUAUAAAGAUCAUACAUCAGGAGGAAUAUGAGACAAAAUCAUAAGGAAGACCACAAAUUCCCCAUUUCAGGACAGGGAGUGUGUAACUGAUGUGAAACUGUAAAUUCCAUGUUCCCAUCCAGAUCACAGGUUAAAAAUACCUCUGCCUGAGACACUUCUCAGCUAAUACAUUGGCAGAAAUUAUUAAACUGUGUUUCUGCACUUGGAGAUUUCAAGGUGGAAGCAAGAGAAGUCAAAUCCUUUGCUUGCUGGGGGUGAAAGUUUUGUUGAAGCCACCUGGGGGAAGGGACUCUACAUGUGCAGCACAACUCUUGCAUGGUGUGAAGCUGCUGUUUGUUCCUGGUGCCCUUUAUUAACAUGAGGGACAGGAGGGGGGGGAUAUGGAGGGAUUGAAGUGAUGGUUUCCUCUCUCCCAGGUGGAGUGAUGUCUGUGGAGCUGCUGUAAUUGGAGUAAUUUUUAUAGCAGCCCUUAGUGUGUUCUUAAGUAUACCUUGGUAAUUAAGUCCUUCCAGCCCCAGUUUUUCAGUCCUGAAUGGUGGAUAAUCUCUACCUCCCUUUCCAGCCUUCUCAGCUGUUAAGGAUUUUAAUCUAAGAGCCUAUUUUUAGUUCUCCUUUCAUAAAAGGUUGAGUUGAAAUCUUAGUGAAAUUGGCUUAAAAAAAGCUCUAGUAGUUCUGCAAAAAGCCAGAAGGAUAAGCUAGGCAGUAGGAAUGCUGUGAUAUCACCUCACAGUGGCCUUUCCAUGUUCAAUGCAUUUUACAGACUUUAAUCCUCAAAGCCUUCCUGGUAGCUAGGAAGGGACAGUUAAGUUGCACCUUAGAAAACUCUCAUGGAAGUUAAUGGUUCUCUACAAAAAAAGCAGUUUUUCUCCUUUUGAGAGAGAGAAAGGAGGGGCAGGUUGAGAAGUAUGUGCUUUUUUUAUCUCUCUCUGUUUACUUUAAAACUAGACAUUUUGUUUACUGCAGAAGCCUCUUCAGUGCUGGAGGACUAAUUAACUAAGAAUCAAGGGAUGGAAAGCUUAACAUAUGAAAAAUUAUUAUAAUUGUUGUAAUUGGCAAUUUGUCUCAAGUGUUUUGGGGAGGGAAGGAUUGGUUUUCUGGUAUCAGCUGACUUAGAAGGAUCUCAUUUUUAAAGCUUGUUAGUCACUGAUGACUCACUUCAAGAGGAGCCUUGAAUGUUACAGUCAGAGACUCCCAGAGGAGUUUUUUGGCCAAACCAGGGCCAAAUGACACUUAACAAGUAGGAUUUUGUAAAACAAGCAGACUGGAGUGCCUUAUGCAAAGACACAAGCCAGAAGGAAAAGCACUGCUAACAACUUUUUUGUCUUGCUGUCAGCUUCAAAGGGAAGUAAGUUCUUCAGUGAACCACUCCCCCCACAUGUACACUUUGCCUGUUGAUAGGCAAAGAAUUAAUAUGAUAAUUAUUCUGAUGCCACUUAAAAAGCCUCUCCCCUAUCAGUUUGAUCAACAGCUUUGAAAUUUUCAAAAAUACAGAAGUAGGAGACUAGAUGAUUUCUGAAGUUUUCUCCUAGCAUCAUUAGUAUUACUAUUAUUGUUAUUAUAAAUUAUUAGUACUUCUUCUACUUUUCAGGUCAUUUGCAGGCUUUCAGCUGAAUUAAAACAGCUGGGGAAGUUGUUAGAAAGACUACAGACACCACAACAGUUAGCUACAGUUAUUCUGCUCAGCAUGAUCUACCUGUGAGUCUGAUAUCAUCAUAACCUUACUACAAAAUCUUCAUCAGCUACUCAGCAGUUCUCAGAAAAACAAGGUCAAGCCAUUAACUAAAUGUUACAAGUGUAAAUAUUUCACCUGUCCCUUUAUGGUGUGUUCUGUACACAGUAAGGUCUGAAACAAAUGUGUGUAUUGUAUUUGGGGUUUGCCAAAAAGAUUUGUAGAGAAACAUGUGCACAAAUUAAUUGCAGCCACUGAGUUUCUUUGAUCUGUGUUUCCAAAGGGCACACACCUUUGUGGAGAGCAUUUUUUCUGGUCUCUGACAACUCCAGCAAGUUGUUUCAUCCCCUUAAGUCUGAUUCUGCUUUUGCAUUAACAUAGGUAUUUGUUUAGUAAUAAAAUUACUGUGCUGUUGUGCAAGAGCUGUUAAGAGCUGCACGUGCUUCCCUCACCCCAUUCUGUUUGGGACAAGCAUUUUUGGAUUGUCAUCAACUAAGUUUCUACAUUUGGCACUGUGAUCCCAAGGCUGUUGAUGGUGUCUGGCUGCACCUAGAGGUGUAGGGCUGCAGAGCUGGCAUUGUGAGUGCUGUGAGGCUUUCUGUGCUAAUGACAGAACUCAAAACUGCUUUGUACACAGUGAGUGUUCAUAUUAGUGUUCAUAUUUUCCCUUCAUUCAGCCCAGCCAAUCCAGACUGUUGCCCUGGAACAGCAUCUUCAGUACCACAUGUUGCAUCUGGGCUUCCCCAGUUAAAGCCCUGUAUCAGGAAUGUAUUAAAAAGUGCCUGGUUUUGACAUUUGCCUUGAUACAAUGCUAAUCCUGCACAUCAGGGGAUGGUUCUCUAAUAAUCCAUCAUCUAAAAUUUUCCCCAAAUCUUGCCAUUUUUGUACUGGGACAUAAUAACUCUCUCCUCUGUCAGAUUUCUUUAGUAUUCUGGUUUGUGAUAGAGGUCUGAGGCAGAUUCUCACAGAAAAGUCUAAUUGCUGCUUGGGAAAUACUCAAAUAUAACAAUUCAUACAAAGUUUUCUAUGCUGUUGUUCUUUCUUUCAUAUUUUCUUUUCCCUGUGUAAAGAUUGUGUUUGAAAAGGCUGAUGUGAAGUAUGAAGUAAUUGUUCACUGGGAGCCUUUCACUAUGCAAAGAAUUUUCUAAUUAACAUGUUACUGUAUUUCCAUUUGGAAAUCUCUUUGGUGAGAGACACAUUUCAAGCUCUUCUACUAAGCUGAGCUCCAUUUGAAGCACAUUCUGCUUCAAAAGCAGUUGUCUGACUUCCCAGAGCUUGCUUAUUGAAUACACAAAAGGUGUAGAAACAUUUUUCCUCAGCCCCAGAGUGAAUUCAGGGUACCAGCAUCAUAGAUCUCCUCAGAGAAUGACAUGGAGGUGGUUAAGAGCUACCACAACUACUUCAUAAAUAUUUACCUCUUGUGUUAUCCCCAUGCAGACUGCUGGCAGAGGCACAAAUCAAGUGAGAGCUGAUGGGCAGAUGAGCACGUAUGAUUCUUAAACAAUUUUCCCAUGAUCUAUCAUUUUAUGUUGUAUCAAAAUACAAUCAUUGUCUUCUCUGAGGUGUAAUUCCUUGCUCUAGGUCCAGGUGAGAACAUGGCAAGAAUUUUUAGUCUUCUGGAUUUGACUGGCUGGAGUUAUGUAGGGGGAUUGUGCACCCAGGUGGAAGAAGCAAGGCUUCUUUCUAAACUCUCACCAGUCCACCAUCAGUGUGUAGUGAAUCCAGAGUUCCAGCCUAACAAAUAGGAAUUCCUGUAAUUAUUUCAGCUAAAUAUGCCAGUUGUAAGAUCAGUUGCUAUAAUUAACUAAGUCCAGCUUAGCAGCAUUGAGGGAAUUUCUCAUUAUCUGAUACUAGAGACAUUAUUAAGCUGCUUUGAAAUCUUGGCUUUUAUUAUCCUCUAAAAAUAUUCUGUUCAUGUGCAGGAAGUUUCUUAGACAUUUAGGUAAUUAGAACUAACCAACAUGUUGUCUAAUAGCUUGUUUCAUAGAUUAGAGCAUGAAUGUUCAUGUUGGUGUUGAUUCAUAUUGGUUUAUUU